CAUGCCAAACAUAGCAUGUACUAUCCAAGGUGGAUAUUGUUCAGUCUCGGAUACAUGUUCAUCAUUAGGCGGGCAUGUGGAAAAAUUGUCUGCAAGGUGCAAGUGUGGAAAUCCAUGUUGUAAAUGUACUGACACAUGCCCUGAAGGUUCUAUGUGUAUGAGUGAAGGUGACAUAUGUGAUGGAACGAAAGAGCCUAAUGGAUGUUGUGGUAACCGGUUUUGUUGUACACUUCCUGUGACAACAACACCUGCACCAUGCGAACCGAACGUUGCAUGUACCGGUCUAGGUGGAAAUUGUUCGGACUCAGAUACAUGUUCGUCAUCAGGGGGACAAGUGGAAAAGCUGUCUACAGGGUGUAAGUGCGGAAAAGCAUGUUGCAAAUGUACUGACAUAUGCCCUGAAGGUUCCAUAUGUAUGGGUGAAGGUGACACAUGUGAUGGAACAAAAGAUACAAACGGAUGUUGUGGUAACAGGUUUUGUUGUACACCUCCUAUGACAACAACACCUGUACCAUGUGUAGAAACAUGUAAAGGUACUUGUGAGACUGAGGACUGUGGUGUGCAUAUAGGACAGCCUGAAGACGGAGACUGCUGCGGCUCAAAGAAAUGUUGUUUUCUUGGCUAAGAAUCUGACCUGCGUCUCGAAGACGUUU